CAAUAAUUUUCCCAGAAAAUUAACUUGCGGUCUUGUAGAAUCUCCUUUUCCCAAAACCCUAGUUUGGAUUUAGUUCUUCCAAUUUUGGAUGGAUUUUGUUCCCUAUGCAGUACUUCCCUCGAUUCUUUUCUCUUAGAGAAGGAUCUGCAGCCAUGGAUUCCAAGCGGAGCCGCAGCAAGCCCAAACUCGAGCGACGCAAUGCAGCCAAACACAUCGAGUAUGAAGCGGCGUUCUCUUCUUCUUCCCUCAAUGGUUCUUCUACGUCGUCGUCGUCGUCGUCUCCUCUCAUAACGCGAUCACUCGAUUUGUCCGACAAAACCAGCUUCCGUAUACAGGGUACUGACGGUGAGUUCCUCAGAAUUUGUCAGAGCCUUGGUCUUAGCGGCCCUGAGGAUUUUGCGAUCCCUGCAGCCGUUUGGGAGGCCCGCAAAACUCGCUCCUCUUCGGAGCUUCUGCCGAGGUCUCGGUUGAACCGAUUGGAUAGUCCGGAGGAGGAUGAGCAGAAAGAGAAAGGUGAAACUGAUGGAGUAGUAGCUGAAUUGUGUGACAGAGUGGUAGAUAGUGUUAGAAUCGUUGACGGUGCUGGGUUGACUCGGAACGAUUCGUCUGCGUUCGAUGAGUUCGAUUUUCGCGAGUGCUGCAUUCUUCCUAGAACCAGAAUUGGGGAUCGUAGCCAGUCAAAGUUUCUUUCGAAUGCUGCUGGUGGUGGUGGUGGAUCUGGGGGAAACGGAAUAAAGGGGUUAAGGCCUGCCGUGCUUAAACCGCCACCAGCAAUGAGGCUGCCAGUGAUCGAUGGAACAUGCUCGACGUGGGACCUAUUUAGAGAUUUUGCACCUCAGGAUAAUCGAUUGGAUCCUAUAAGUUCUGAUGAUGAGGAAGAUGAAGGAGGAUGUGAAACAGAGGAAGCGGUUGUCGAAGAAAUUUGCUUGAAGGCAGUGGAAGAGGAGACUGGGGUAAGGAUCGGGGAGACUGCAGUGCUAUCUGAAUCGUGUUCCUUUUCUACCUCAAAUGAUGAUGAUUCUUCCAGUACCACAACGGAGCCUAUGUCCAACAUUUCUCCCAAUGGCAGGUUCAAAAGGAAUAUUACUUGUUGGGAGAAAGGUGGGCUCCUGGGCAGUGGGUCCUUUGGAUCCGUUUACGAAGGGAUUUCUGGGUAAGUACUGAUAUGCUGCCUGUUCCAUAAAGUUAAAACCUUUUU